AUGGAGUGCAGGCCGGGCGACCAGCACAAGUCAAACAGCGCUGCCGCCGCGAACCCAUUUAUAGAGACCGAACAGCUGGACAACAAGCAACAAGUCACCACCUUCACAGCCAGACAGAUCGCUACUCUUCAAGGUCGCUUAGACAAGAAUCUUGGUCCGGAGUACAUCUCAUCACGGCCUGGCGCAGGUGGACAGAAAGUACACUAUCUACAAGCAGAGAAGGUCAUCAAUCUUGCCAACGAGGUCUUCGGCUUCAAUGGCUGGAGCAGCUCCAUACAGAACAUCCAGAUCGAUUUUGUUGACGAAAACCCGCAAACUGGCAAAGUCACUCUAGGCUUGUCCGUCAUCAUCAGGGUCACCUUGAAAGACGGAACAUAUCACGAAGAUAUAGGCUAUGGACAUGUCGAGAAUGCGAAAGGCAAGGCGGCAGCAUUCGAGAAGGCGAAAAAGCAGGGGACAUCCGAUGGCCUCAAGAGAAGCCUCCGAAAUUUCGGCCGGGUCCUCGGGAAUUGUGUCUACGAUAAGGACUAUCUGUCGCGAGUUACCAAGAUGAAAGUUGGAGCUGGAAAGUGGGAUCCAAACGAUCUCCAUCGUCAUUCUGACUUCGCCGCUAAGAAGGGUGCGGCCGUCAAGCCCGAGUCGAAUGAGGUGGUGCAGCAGCCAAAUGGCAACCAUGCCAGUGGUCAUGAAACAGGCGACAGUUUCGAGGAAUUCGAUGAUGGGGUAUUUGAUGACGAUGAGCUCGACAACCCGGAUGAGUUUGUGCUGCCUGCUGAGCCCCGGGAGAGUGCUAAGAGACUGCCGCCUCCUGCUGGCCUGGGACUAGCACCCUCCCGAGCAAUGACUACACCUUCGAAGCCGCCGAAUGCUGGAACGAACGGUAACCCUAAAGGUGCCGUGAGCAACGGACUGGGUAGGACGGCGCAAGCGCCAAAUCCUUCUCGAUCCAAUGCACCAGCUCCUCCUCAGCAGAGCCAUAGUGCAAACCAACUGCCAAAUGGAGGAAACGAGCAGUCUUCGUCACCAGGCAUCCCGUUACAGCAUUUCAAUACCAGGCCUUCCAACCAGACUAGAGACAAUUUUGCAGUCAGGGGAACAGGAUUCUUUUCGGCCCGCGCUGCUGAGAGCAUCGACGAGAACAAUAAUGUCACUGCAGGUGCCGCGCCAGUGUUCGAUCCGAAACACCAAAGCAAGUCCAUUCGUAGGGACCCGAAUGUCGAUCAUACGAAAUCGAUGCGAUUAUUGCGGAACCUCAAUCCUGACAGCGAAGCUGCAAGACAAGAACUGGAGCAGCAACAAGAGCCUGACCAACUUCGCAAAACACCCGCUCCGCCAAAGGGCCCCCAAAGCCCGAUAGGAAUGGGAAGAGGCUUCAACGCAGGACAGUACCGACCCCCGACUAGACGUGGACCAGAUGGUCAUGUGAUGACACCUCGACCCACGAACGGCGUCAGCAACGGUGUCGACCGGGUUCUGCAAACAGCACAGAGACCACCUCUUACGGACGUCAGCAACAUGGCGAACCAACAUCAAGCUACCGCAACAACGCUUGAUGGAACUGAUGCAAAGAGGCAGAGGCUUUCGGGCCAGAGUCCUCGUCCGUCAGCCGAGCAUGAGCUCUCGGGUGAGGCUGGAUGA